AUGUAUCGCAAAAUUGUGCAAUCACUAUUGGCAUCAACCAAGACGGUUAGUGCGUAUCGAAAUCUGUACUCCGCUUCUGCACUCGGCAUCGACGGAUAUGCAACGCAGUGUGAAAAAACACGAACGCAGUAUUUGCACAACGUGGACAAUUUUAAACGGAAGCUUCGGGACCUAGUUGCCAGUUCUGAGACAAACAUGAUCUUCACGGAGGAUUUGAAAAACGUUAUCCAUCUCCUCGACAACACUCCGGAUGACAAGCAGCUGCUGAAAGAUACGAUCGCACGGUACAAUCGGCAAGGCAAAGAACUUCGCUUCGGCAAUUACGUCUUCGGGCCUGUAAUUAUGCGCGCCUGCCAUCAGCUGGGAGACCCGGGGCUUGCUCUCGAGCUAUUCCGUGAAACGAACAAAGACGGGUUUUUUGAUCAACUUUCCAGCUAUCAGAUUCUAAGUGAUUUGCUGUACGAAAAUGGUCGCUAUCGAGAGGUGCGCGAACUAUUUGACUCCAUCAAAGGACGUCAGAUACAAGGUGGCCGCUUUCCGAAGCACUGCAUUACGCUAACAUUUGCCGCCUGCUACAAGGAAAACACUCCGGCCUCCUACCAGUAUGCGAUGGACCUGUGGAAAGAGCUCAACUCGGUCGGGCAUAUACCAAUGCGCAAGGCGACCGCUUUCGCGGCGGCACUCGCACUGAACAACGGGCAACCAGAGAUUGCACUAGAAAUUCUAGGCACCGUGGUGAAGGGUAACUACGUAACGAUUCGGCAGCUGAAAACUGUAACACUUUGCAGUCUUGGGCGCUUGGAUGACCUGCUACCGAUUUUCCGUUCAGUGCUGGAAGUGAAAGGACAUUAUCAGGAAAAGCAACAAACUUUUUGCCGUGAAGUUGUGCAAAAAGUGCAAGAGACGUUGGGACACACUAAGGAUUCCACUGGCAGCGCGUCCUUGAAGCUCGAUCUCGAACGAAUGAUUCAGUAUCUUGAAACAAACGGCCAGAUCCUUGAUGAAACGCUGGACAGCGUGAUGUGUUCUGAAAUUGUUUCCACUGGACAGAGAAAUCCGGGAAAAAACAAUUUGGCCGAAAGCUACAACACGCACGGCGGACGUCAGAUGCAACGAAACUUUCGACCGACUAAAAGAUUUGACCAACUUCGGCCGGGUUUAAGUGAUAUGAAUUAACAACAAAUAUUGAAAAGCAAAAUAUACGAAUGUUCGAAGGAGAGCAAAAGUCUCUUUCAU